AUGUGUCGAGGACACCCCAAGCACCACCGCUGCGCGCACACCAGCGUGUCGUGGUACUACUGCCCGUCCGCCCACCUGGACAUGUUCACGGGUGCGGUCAGCCCCUGCGGCAACCCCAUCAUGAGCGACUCGCAGCCGACCAAGGCCGGCUGCCCGCUGCAGCACUGCCGCUUCGCCGCCAAGGGAGGUUCCGGCGCCGGCGGGGGGUGGGUGUGUUGUCAGUGCGGACGGGGUCCGAACACGCGCGGCUGGUGCGCGCAGAGGAUGACGGCCGCGCAGGUGGUCGGGCUGGAUCCGGGGGAGGAGGUGCUGGCCGGGCAGCUCCAGGCGACGUGCGACCACGGGUGCUGCGACGACUGCACCGGCACAGAGGAGGUGCAGGGUGUGGCGGGGGUGGCGAGGGGGUGGAGGGCGAGCAGCUCGGCGUGUGAGGGGGCGAGUUCGCCGGGGAGUGCGUCGGAGGGGACGAGCAACACGUGGGCGUCGUCGCCGCCGUCGAGCAAGGCCGGCUCGGAUGAUGGCGGCUCGGACCGCGGACGGUAUGGUGGGAAGGAGCGCGCGGGUGGGAAGAAGGGGAGCUCGAAGAGAAGAUGA